GUGAAUGUGCAGUGAUUUUCGCUUGUGUGGAUCAACAGUUUGCGCCUGAUUUGCGAAUGUCGCUCCGAAGUUUUUACUGAACUUUGUGGAAAAGCUGCAGAACUUUUUAAAGUUUUAUUUAAAGAAGCAGAGAGGUUGGGGAAAGUUGGUGAGAUAUGCGUGUUUUCACUCCCGUUAGUGCGUCCUGGCCAAGCGCAAACUUGUUCUUCAUUGGAUAGUGAAGUUCCUCUGCUUUUGGGAUAGACGCGACCGUGACCUGCUUCAUGCAUUUUGGAAUUACGCGCAGUUGACGCGUCUUUGAGCGUCUCUCAGUUAACUGAUUGUUCCUGGGUUAGUGUUGGUCUUGUGCUUUUUUCCCUUUUUCCUUUUUUUUGGAAGUUUUUUGCUGUUCUUGGUUGUUUGAAGCUAUGGAUCCCAGCCAGCAUAACCCUCCAGCCGGACACCAGGUGGUCCAUGUCCGGGGAGACUCGGAGACAGAUCUGGAGGCGCUCUUUAACGCCGUGAUGAACCCCAAAAGUGCCACUUUGCCCCCAUCAGUACCCAUGAGGAUGAGAAAGCUUCCAGACUCCUUCUUCAAACCACCGGAACCAAAAUCACACUCCAGACAGGCUAGCACCGAUGCAGGCUCUGCUGGCGCCAUCACCCAUCAGCACGUCCGAGCGCACUCCUCGCCCGCCUCCCUACAGCAGGGCGCAGUCGCUAUUAGUACUCUGACUGGUCUGGCCCCACCGGGUGCCCCACAGCAUCUCCGCCAGCCUUCAUUUGAGAUUUCUGACGAUGUGCCUCUACCUCCAGGAUGGGAAAUGGCCAAAACUCCUUCAGGCCAGAGAUACUUCCUUAACCACAUUGACCAGUCGACCACCUGGCAGGACCCCCGCAAAGCCAUGAUCCAGAUAAACCAGGCAAACCCUGCUAGCCCUGUACCUGUUCAGCAGCAGAACCUUUUAAACCCAGCGACAGGUCCUCUUCCUGAAGGAUGGGAACAGGCCAUUACCCCAGAGGGAGAGAUCUACUACAUCAACCACAAGAAUAAAACCACGUCCUGGCUGGACCCAAGGCUCGACCCACGCUUUGCUUUGAACCAGCAGCGCAUUACUCAGAGUGCUCCAGUGAAACAGGGUACCCAGCUGCCCUCCAGCCCACAGAACCAAGCAGUGUUGGGGAGCAACAACCAGAUGAGACUACAACAGCUGCAGAUGGAGAAGGAAAGACUGAGGCUCAAGCACCAGGAACUGCUCCGCCCAAGACCCCAGGAACUGGCCCUGAGGAACCAGCUGCCUACAAGCAUGGAGCAGGAUGGUGGCACCCAGAACCCAGUGUCGUCUCCUGGCAUGGGACAAGAUGGACGUAGCAUGACUACCAACAGCUCAGACCCCUUUCUUAACAGUGGAACAUAUCACUCCAGAGAUGAAAGUACGGAUAGUGGACUGAGCAUGAGCAGUUACAGUGUCCCUCGCACUCCUGAUGACUUCCUCAACAGUGUGGACGAGAUGGAGACAGGUGAAUCCCUCGGCCCUGCAUCUAUGGCAACCCAGCCAAACCGAUUCCCCGACUACCUGGAGGCCAUCCCGGGCACUGACGUUGACCUCGGCACGCUGGAGAGUGAGAGCAUGGCAGUGGAGGGCGAGGAGCUGAUGCCCAGCCUGCAGGAAGCUCUAAGCUCUGACAUCCUGAAUGACAUGGAGUCUGUGCUUGCUGCUACCAAGAUCGACAAGGAGAGCUUCCUCACCUGGCUAUAGAGCCAAACGGUCAAGCAUAUGCUCUGCCAUACACUCCACUUGGUCUGUGCUUGCUUCACAAUGAACUGCUGAAAUCUGUGAAGGACGUGGAGAUGCUGCCAUGAGGUUUUGGUUCAAAUUAAACACUAAGCUUCCAGUAUGGCUGGAUGACUGGUUUUAAAUGGCAGGAGAUUUUCAUGCAAAACGUACAUGACCGAACUGAUUUGAAAGUCGGAUAUUUUUACUUUUAUGCUUUUUAAAAACUUUUAUCACUACUACAUUUCUACAUGUCUGCGUCCUCAAGGCUGGCCCAUGAACAGACAAUUAUUCAUUCACCUUCAAUGAAAGUAUUGCUUUGAUGCCAAUCAUCCUCUAUGAGCUUAUCGUCUUCUUCGUCCACAAACAAGAUGCUUUUUUUAUUUUUCCUAUUGUUGACUAUGAGUCUGGCAAACCAAAAACUAGCCUGAUUGCUGCUUGGAACUAUGGGUUAUGAAAUACACUUUUUAAGAUUUACGGGGGUUAAGAUGGUGUUUUUAGGAAGGCAAAUCUUCCGCUCGGCUGUGCCAGCAUAUCAUGAUCGAUAACAAGUGCCUUCAGUUUGAUCUUAUUGAAUCUAUUGAAACAUAGUGAGUUGGUCUUAUUAUAAUGCUUUAUGAGACCACACUUUUUUCUAUUUCUGAUUUUCAGUUAUCAAAAAAUCUUUUAAAGGUUGUACAUGUAUUUUAGUACAUUGGAUUUGUUAUAAACUGUAGUCUAGGACUGGGUGAUUUGCAAUAGUAUAUCACUAAACCUUGUGUUGUUUUUAACCAUAUGCACAUUAUACUGUACAGCACUAAUACAAUUUAUAUGUUUCCAUACAAUACCAGCUGAUACAGAUACUGAUUCUAUUACUAACAUCCUUUAAGUCAACAUGCACAGCAUGUAAUACAUCUUUGGGACUUCUAAGCAACACAAGCAUUUCAGGAGUGUAAUUGGCUGUGAUAUUUGGGUAAAAGUUAUGGAAAUCCUGUCUCAUCUCUUAAUCUUGGAGCUCAAGUACAUGGAAGAAGGCAAUUAACACCCCUCUCCAGACACUGACCCACCCUAUGACAGAUGUUAGCCCUCACAAUUUGUUUCACAGGGGUGAAAUCUGAUGGCUGUCAAGGUCAUAGUAUAUGAUUGACAAUUUGUAUAUUAAACAAAUAUGCCCUGCUGCGCUUUAAAAGAGGGGUGGAUCAGAUUGGGUACGCUUGUAAAGUUCCAGCUAAAAAGGUGCCAUGUAAAUAUAAAUAAAUUAAGUCCAAACAGUAACCUGUGUUAAGGGGACACAACAAUGAAAAUGAUAUAAAUGUUAGUGUUGUUGAAGUACUGACAGCAUUCUUAAAAAGUAUUAGGAUUUCUUCCGAUACUGAUACUCUCAUAUUGCCCAGCCCUAUUCUAGCCUCAGUCUUAUCAGGCUGAUUUUAUUUUGGUUUUUAUUUCUUGUUUUUACUCUAACAUGGUUGCCUUCGAAUAUUAUAUCAAUAAAUAUUGAUCACUGCUAAUACAUAGUAAUCAGAGAUCAGACUUGAUUGACAGAGCUGUGUUUUGUAUAUCUAUUUAGUUAUUAAUAUAAUUUUGCAUAUUUACUAAGAGUAUCAGCCAAAUGUAAACGCGGAACAAAAUAUUCAGCAUCAAAGGGACUGUGAUCAACGACAAGCUGACUUCAAAACUAUAGAAUGGAUUUCCAGGAAGAGACUGGUCAUGAAGUGAUGGACUUAUAAUGUUUUAGUUGGUGAAAUAAGCAUGUCUCGAUGGUUCGUGGUGCAGAGCGGUGAUUAAGAUGGUACUUGGUUGGUAAUAUGAUUUUGAACGGUAUUUUGGUGAAGUGUAAUGAAAACAAUCAGCUAUGAGAUUUUCUGUUCUUUUGACAAGGCUACCAGAGAGUAUUUGUUUUUAUGAAUCUUUUGUCCUUUGAAAAACUAAAGUAAUUUAUCUUUUGUCCACGUACAGCAUAAGCUAAUGAGAAGGUCCAGUUAAUUAAGUAGUGGAUGUGUAAAGUUUGUCAUGACCUCUUGAACUAGACACUCAAGUAGAACAGCCUUUUCACGGUUUACAUUAAUACAGAGCAAAAGAACACUACAUAUUUUUUCAGCUGCAAAGUCAGUGUGACUUCAUACAGUGACAUGGUGUGUAUACAUGCACAAUAAUACUGCAGUCAUUUUCUGAUUUAUUAUUGAAGCACUCAUAACGAGCAUAGCAUUGUUUCUGAAAUCAAACUGUGGCUUUUAUUUUGUUGUUAGAAUUUACAUCCACAGUAAUGAGGAUCUAAUUUCGAAUUUGGUUUCAACAGCUUAACAAAAUAAAGACUAAUGUGUAGCGCAACAGUGAAGUGAAAGUCAGCUCAGAUAAGACCACUGUCAUGUAUUUUCAGCAGCACUAGGAUAAUUCACGUUGCUGUCUGGGUUGUCUGGUUGGAUGUGGUGGCAUUCCUGUUUUUUCCAGUUGAUCAAAACAAGACUAGCAAAUUUCCUGAAUCUGUAAGCUCAUGUACAGAGGAAUGCGGUUAGCACCCUCCUCCAGGUUUACUGGUCUGGCUAAUGUCCAACUAUUAAAUGGGUAGCAGUUGAUCUCUUUACAUGUGUAAGAUAAAGCAUGGGCUAACCCUUCACCUACUAGAUUGAUAGACAGCUGGGAAACAGACUGUAGGAAAAUGCACAAAAAGUACCGUCUCGGGUGUUUCUAUAACAUUGGAAAAGCCACAUUUAUGCAAUAUUUUAAACCAUAAUAUAAUUAGAUUACUUUGCAUUUGAACUUCUCCCAGCUUCUUGAUAUAAUGAGAACACAAGUACCAAAGCGCCAGUGUGACUGGUUCCACAUACAAACUCCUCCAGUGCCAUUAGCGCCCCCUUGUGGAGAAGAUCCUCAUGCUACGUGAAUGAGUCAGUUGUGACGUUAAAUAAAUAAGAAUUAAAUCUGAUUAUUGAUUGAUUUAACUUCGUUGUUUUUUAAUCAGACUGUGAUGUGCAUUCAAUCCCAGUGAACAGAUAUUUGUGCAGUUAUCUGAUUAGUUUGUACAUGUAAACACACCCAGUGUGCAUAUUAAAAUGUUUACAAUGUUAUUCACCCCUACACUACACAACCCAGAUCCCUCAGUCUAAUGUGAUUUUUACAUACAGUUGAUAAUGGUUAUGAUUUUGUUAUUCUGUUUUUGUAGUCCAUGUGAGCUUUACAUGUGCUGACCAUUGCUUAUAUCCUACGUUAUAUUGAAAUAUUUAACAUAGUACAAUGUUACAAUCAAACAUUUAACAUUAUCAUUACUCCUGCUUCAUUUUAUUUCUAAAGAAGCUGCCUAGGUAGGGUUUUUCUUUUCUUUCUUUUUUUUGUGAACGCUUUAGUCCCCUGUUGAACAAAUGUAAAGGAGUGUGUGGUGCAAACAAGCAAUGAUUUUAUAAUGAAAUAUUCCUCAACGUGAUAAACAGGCAGUUAUCACGGUACAGAACAAUUAUAUUGGCACACGUCUGAUCAACAUUUAUGAUCAAAUGCUUGCGGAAAGACUUGCAGUAUGUUUAGAAUAGUAUCUAUUUUUGCAUUUGUAUAGUGUUGAUGGACACUAAUCAGAGUAAAACCGUGUUGGAGAGUUUUAUAAACUGUUGGUACAGUGCUGGUAUUGCACGUUUUAACAGAACAUUGCUUAUAAAUGUGUAUGUCAAUUAAUUUUAUUCUUAGCUAGUGUGCGACUCUAAAUAUAUAACUUUUUUAGCAUUAGUACUAAUCACUCAAGUUAAAGGAUUGGUAUUUAGAUCUCUAAAUGCACACAGAAUGAAUUUAUAUACAUUGAUCUGUUGUUUUUUUGAAUAGGUGUAUGUGCAUGUAUUGUAGAAUUGUGCAUUCUGUUACAUUCUAUCUUUGCAUAAUACUAUAAAAACAAA